AUGUCUGUUGCUCCAAUGCCUAUGAACGAGCGACGUCUCUAUCGUAAACUGACAGUUAAUACAAAUCAACAACAAAUUAAUAUUCGACCUAUCAUCAAAGGUGCGAUCAAGGAAGGUGCUCAAACGAUGAAAGAAGCCUAUUCCAAAAAUUCUAUUCUCGAAUGGUGUGGCCACAAAAUUGACGAACAAAGACAGUCAAGGUUUCUCUACACUUUAUUCAAGCAAGUUAUCAACAAAGCAUCCCUCCAGAGCCGUGACUUUGCUGUCCAGGCCGAGGGAUGUAAAGGUGUCAUGGUAUGGUCAACAAAUACCGAGGGCUGUCCAGGGCCAUGUCUUCUCGGCAUUGCCAAGCUUGCUGGUCUAAUCGGUUGGACGGCUGCUCUUAAAACGCUGGUUAAGCUUCAGCCGGCGAUUGACAAAAUGCGAAAAAAAGUGAUCUUCAAAUAUGAGAGAUGUUUGACUAUCGGAUACAUCGGUGUAUUACCACAAGAACAGCGCAAAGGUCUAGGCUCGGCACUACUCCAAUAUGUGCUCGAGAGAGCCGAUGUGUCACACUACACCGUAUUGGCUGAAAUCACAGAUCAGAAAACGAUCCCGUUUUUUGAGGCCCAUGGAUUCAAGAUCGAACAGAAGACAUAUAUCAACAAAUGCCAAGAUCUUCCAGUAAUAUUAAUGGUGCGCACUCCAAUUGAAACCGGCGAACCAUUACAACCUCUAUAUGUUAGACCUGGUCGCCGAGACUCAAACUACAUACUAUAA